AUGGCGUUCCUGAUUGCGCAACUUAUCUUAAAAAGCAACUGCUGGCCUCCUGACUUUCGUCUGAUUGGUGUUAGUUUGCACCUUUUAAACUGCCCUUCGAAUUUAGAAAUGGCUGUCAUGAAGAUAUGCGAUUCGAUAACCGCCGUCCGGCAGCAGCGUUUUUCAGUAGGCUCCCGAAGCGCCGAAGAAGCAAGUAGACGUCUUCGCGAAAACUCGGUAGUUCGGGGUCAAAAUGACACAUUCUCUGCUGCAACCUCGUCAAGUACCUCCGCUACUUUUGCUGCUGCAGUCGCCCCCUCCUAUGACAUUGGUAAACAGUUGAUGGACUGCGUCUAUUCCAUGGUUUUCUUCCUGAUCUAUCGUGGGCAGUGGAGUCUCCUUACAAUCCUCAUGUCUCCUUCCCUCAUCAAGAUCUUCAUUCACUCAAUCACCCUAGGCUUUACCUACGCCUGCUAUGCAUUCGAAUAUUACGCUCGACAGACGUCAAAUGUCACAGCAGAACUUCUCCUCACACAAGUAAUUUCCUUCUGGCCGGUUUUCGUCGGCUAUGGUCUGCCCCUUGGUGCUCUGGACGCACUUUCUUCUGUCUCCUUAUGGAGUGAAUUGUUAUUUGCAUUCCUAUAUCCCGUUUUGAUAGUGGGAGCCUUUCAAGUAUCAUGGUCCAGAGCUCUUGAUCCAAAGCAGCAUCGUGUGUCACUGCGUCUUCGUUCCCUUGUCGCUCUCUCUAUGAAACCGGCUCUUUACGGCACCAACGUUCUCAUCUCCGUCUUCGCAUCUCACCUCAGCUAUCGAUUUACAUUACCCCAUCGUUGA